GCCGGGGCUCGGUCCCACCCCGGGCGUAGCGGGCUCGGGCGUGAGGGCCUCGGUCUCCACCUGGGACCCCCGCGUCGGGGCCGCAGCGUCGCGUUGCUGGCGCCGCAGGCCCGGUCAGGGAGUCCGAAGCGCUUGAGGCAAGAGAGCUGAAGGCCUCAGGGGAACACUGACCUAGUGACAUCUCAAUGGCUUUGGGAGAAGAAAAGGCGGAGGUGGAGGCCCCCGCAGACACCAAGGCCCUGUCCUAUGGGCAGUGGAGCUGCAGGGAGCAGGAAGUGGACACCCCAGGGCUCACGAGCGGGGAGCAGGAGCAGCCACCACACCUGGAAGCUGAGGGCGGGCUUGCAUCCCCAGUGUGGGGAACAGAGGGGCUACCUGCCCCUGCCUGCUGUGACAGGGCUGGCCCCAGCCCCUCUGGAGCCUACCAGCCACAGGCCAACAACACCAGAAGGGAGUCAGUAGCUGGUAGAUCUAAGCCUGCUCUUGGUUGCCUGCUUCCUUCUGCUGGCCCGGGGACUGGAGACCUUUUGCACUCUGUGGAAAGCCAGAUGGAGGAGACCAGGCUUUCUGCCUUAGAGGAGCUACCUCAGACUCUUACUGUUCCCAGAGCCACAGGUCUCUGCUCAGGACAUGAUGCUGAUACCGAAGAUGACCCGUCCCCAGUUGAGUCGCCACGGGCGCUGGACCUCAGCCAGCAGCCUCACAGCUCAGGUUUCCCUUUCCCGACAAGAUGGAGGUCUGUGGUGAGCCAAGGGACUGCUGUUCCUCAGUUCUCCAGCCGCAGCGUCUCUGCCUCCUCCCCGGGCAGCAGUCUCCAGGGUCACCAGGAGAAGGCGGAACCUCAGAGUUGCUCCAUUGCCAAGGUCUCAUCCUCCCUGGAGCUGGCCAUGCCCCACUCAGCCCCCUCUGUGGGGUCAGGGCCACGGCUCCAGUGGUCACCACAGCCUGCGUCCUCUGGGGUUGAUGCUCCUGGGCCGGGCAGGAGGCGCCUCUCCUUCCAGGCCGAGUACUGGGCCUGUGUGCUUCCAGACUCCUUACCUCCUUCCCCUGACCGCCACUCCCCACUCUGGAACCCGAAUAAAGAGUACGAAGACCUGCUGGACUAUACUUACCCACUCAGGCCCAAGCCUCACCUCCCAAAUCACCUUGACAGCCACGUGCUGGCUGACCCUGUGCUGCAGGACUCGGGUGUAGACCUGGAUAGCUUUUCUGUUUCCCCCGCGAGCACCCUGAAGUCACCCACUAAUGGCUCCCAGAAUUGCCCAUCAGCAGAGGCCUCUGCCCUGCCAUUCUCUAGGCCCGGAGAUCCAAGCCUUAGGCAGUGGUCCUCUGGCAUACCCCAGAAGCAGGGCAGUGUGAGGUUGGCGUCUUGUAACCAGCUCACAUCUACCCCCAGAGCCCCGGGCGGUAGGGAUGCUCCUUGGGAGAGCAGAGAGCCAGCCCCAAGGGGUGUGAAGGACUGGCUUGGGUACAUGGGCAAGCACCCUGAGGCGGGCUCUCCCCAGCGGAGGACAUGGGAGAGAGGGUGGCCCUUGCCCAGGACAGAGAGAGAGAAGGGAGCCAGCCAGGGUGUCUGGCACCCUGCCUGCACAGAAUCUGGAUGGAAACCAGAAGAGGAGGUGGAAAGUGAUGACGAGUAUCUCGCCCUGCCCGCUCGGCUGACGCAGGUUUCUAGUUUGGUUUCACAUCUAGGUUCCAUCCCCACCUUGGUAACCCUGCCCACGGGGGCUGCCGAAGGGCAGACCUCCCUCGACGUGUCAGACAGCGAUGGGCCAGCUUCCCUCCCGUCGGACUCUAGCCAAAGCCAGCUUCCUUCUGAGGCUGCCCUCAGAGGGUCCAGGGGCCCUGCGGGCCAGAACCACCGUUUGCUCUGCUCCUUCAUCCAUGCGAGGGGCUCUGCAGGGGAAGGCGGUCUGGGGAACAGCCAGGCCCUGGGAGUCUCCUCUGGACCCCUGAGAGCACACUCUUCUUUGCCAGCUGUGUGGGAUCGGCAUGCGUUCUUAGACCUAGAUGCUGCAGGGCAGCCUCCUGGGAAAGGAGAGCCCGGAAAAGAAUCACUCGUGCAGUGUGUGAAGACAUUCUGCUGUCAGCUGGAAGAGCUGAUCCGCUGGCUGUAUAACAUAGCAGAUGUCACCGACCACCUGAUUCCAUCCAAGUCCAAUCUUACAGGUCUCAAGUCUUCUCUGCAGCUUUACCGGCAAUUUAAGAAAGAUAUAGAUGAACACCAGUCCCUGACUGAGAGUGUCUUACAGAAAGGGGAGAUUCUUCUUCAGUGCCUGUUGGAUAACACCCCAGUGUUAAAGGAUGUCCUCGGGAGGAUCUCGAAGCAGCCCAGUGAGCUGGAGAGCCAUGCAGAUCGCCUGUAUGAUGCCAUCUUAGCUUCCCUGGACAUGCUGGCUGGCUGCACCCUCAUCCCUGACAACACGCCAGUGGCACACAGGAGCACCGACGUGAAGGGGAUUAGUCUGGUGAGUAGGCAACCCGAGAGAAGAAAACGUGUCCACUGGACCCCAGUGCCAGGUGAGGGUACAGAGCUCCUGCUCUAAAGGUCUCUUGGAAGACUGUUGAACCAAGAGUGACUGAAACAAUGAGAUGCUAGAAGACCCAGACGCUGAAAAAGGGAGAUGCUGCCAUUGCCAGGAAGAAGGUUGGGGGUCUUCCUGUGGGAAGCUGGCUCACUGAGGUGCUUUCCACUAACUCCGUUUCAUCCCCACUGCCCACUAAGGACUAGGGUGCCCCAUGCUCGCACUUCCGUGGCAGUCCCUUCACCUCCAACCCCUCAAAGACAACAGUGGCAGAACUCCUCUGUGCCUACUUUUUUAUAUGUCUGCGUCUCCAGUAGAGGGCCAUUCUCAGGCUGCCUGUUCUGGAGGCUCUUCUGGCCCAUCUUCAAGCAACUUACUGAUAAAUCCUCACCCCUCCCUUCCCAACAAUGAUCUCUGCAAACUCCCUUCUAAAAAGGGCUAGGGGAUAGGUGGGGUAACGUGCCUUGGAGACUCAACAGUACAACUUUCUUUUCAUCUUUGGGAAAGUCCAACAGGGAAUGAUAGGGAAAAGGAGCUGAGAGCAGAGGGGGUUUGUGCCCAGUGUGGGGCCGCCACUGCCCAACCUGCUUUCCCUGAAACUUCCUCUCCUGCAACCAAAAUGUGGUGCGUCAUUCACAGACCUUCUAGGUAAGACUUCACUGUGAAAGUAAAGGAUAAAAUCCAGGUGUGUCCAGGGCAGGGAGGCCCUGUACUUGCAUCAAGGAAAUCUGAGCAACAGUCAUUGUAGUUCUAAAAUGAACACAGUGCCUGCGGGUGUCCUUUCUUCCUCUGCUGCAUUCUGCCUGUAAAAAUGUUCCUCUUUCUCUUUCAGGCAUCUUCUAAGGCAGAGAUGUAAUCUGUCGGCUAAAACCUGGCUGGUGGGAAGCUUUCAGGAAGCCCUUGUAAGAGCCAUUUAUAACACUGAAAUCACAGGGGGAACUUAACGCUAAUGUAACUAGUUUUAAAAUGCCUUUCUCUUCCCUGAAGUAAGGGCUAUUGAGUUCCUAUCUUUAUUUAAAAUGAAUCCUUCCAAACUAA